AGAUUGUUUUUGCUUCAGUCAUCUGGGCUCACUUUAAACCAAGUCCAGAGCCUGAGAGUCUUUGGACCUUCCAGAACUGUGAUGUUGUCAGGGGAGGUACCUGUUCCCCGCUCCCCUAAGAAUGAGUGGAGCUGAGCGUCUGGAAGGCAGGUGGGUAAAGGUUCUUGUUCCUGUGCCCGACAUGCACCUGGUGCCGCUGGGAGGAAGACGUGGAAGCAGCCGCGCAGAGGAGAGACCUGUGGAGACACUUGCCAGAGACGCGGGUGUGAGGCCGAGCAUGUCAGCGUGAGCCUGAACAUGCCAGAUACCUAGCAUCCAGCGGGGCAAUGGCGGCGGCGCACCUCGACCCAAACUUGAACCAUACACCGAACUCCAGCCCCAAGACGCACCUGGGUCCCGGCGUGGAGCGCUCCCCCGGGGCGAUGGAGCGCGUGUUGAAGGUCUUUCAUUACUUCGAGAACAGUAGUGAGCCAGCCACCUGGGCCAGUAUUAUCCGGCAUGGAGACGCCACCGACGUCAGGGGCAUCAUCCAGAAGAUAGUGGACAGCCACAAGGUGAAGCACGUGGCCUGCUACGGGUUCCGCCUCAGUCACCUGCGGUCCGAGGAGGUGCACUGGCUCCAUCUGGACAUGGGCGUCUCUAACGUGAGGGAGAAGUAUGAACUCGCACACCCCCCAGAGGAGUGGAAGUAUGAAUUAAGAAUUCGUUAUUUGCCAAAAGGAUUUCUAAACCAGUUCACUGAGGACAAGCCAACUCUGAAUUUCUUCUACCAGCAGGUGAAGAGCGAUUACAUGUUGGAGAUCGCCGACCAGGUGGACCAGGAGAUCGCUUUGAAGUUGGGGUGUCUAGAAAUUCGGCGGUCCUACUGGGAGAUGCGGGGCAACGCGCUGGAGAAGAAGUCCAACUACGAGGUGCUAGAAAAAGAUGUUGGUCUGAAGCGAUUUUUUCCUAGAAGUUUACUGGAUUCUGUCAAGGCCAAAACACUAAGAAAACUGAUCCAACAAACUUUUAGACAGUUUGCCAACCUUAACAGAGAAGAAAGUAUUCUGAAGUUCUUCGAGAUCCUCUCCCCGGUGUACAGAUUCGAUAAGGAGUGCUUCAAGUGUGCGCUGGGCUCAAGCUGGAUCAUCUCAGUGGAGCUCGCCAUUGGCCCAGAAGAAGGCAUCAGCUACCUCACGGAUAAGGGCUGCAAUCCCACACAUCUGGCCGACUUCAAUCAGGUGCAGACCAUUCAGUAUUCCAACAGCGAAGACAAGGACAGAAAAGGAAUGCUGCAGCUGAAGAUCGCGGGCGCCCCUGAGCCGCUGACCGUGACGGCACCGUCGCUGACCAUCGCGGAGAACAUGGCCGAUCUGAUCGACGGGUACUGCCGGCUGGUGAAUGGAGCCACACAGUCCUUCAUCAUCAGGCCCCAGAAAGAAGGUGAACGGGCUUUGCCAUCAAUACCAAAGCUGGCCAGCAGCGAGAAGCAGGGCGUGCGGACCCAUGCCGUCUCCGUGUCAGAAACCGACGAUUACGCCGAGAUCAUAGACGAAGAAGAUACGUACACCAUGCCCUCGAAAAGCUAUGGAAUAGAUGAAGCCAGGGAUUAUGAGAUCCAAAGAGAGAGAAUAGAACUCGGACGGUGUAUCGGCGAAGGCCAAUUUGGAGAUGUGCACCAAGGCGUGUACAUGAGCCCAGAGAAUCCAGCUCUGGCGGUUGCAAUUAAAACAUGUAAAAACUGUACUUCGGACAGUGUGAGAGAAAAGUUCCUUCAAGAAGCCUUAACCAUGCGCCAGUUUGACCACCCACACAUCGUGAAGCUGAUCGGUGUCAUCACAGAGAACCCCGUCUGGAUAAUCAUGGAGCUUUGCACGCUUGGAGAGCUGAGAUCAUUUUUGCAAGUGAGGAAAUACAGUUUGGAUCUAGCCUCCCUGAUCCUGUAUGCCUAUCAACUCAGUACUGCGCUGGCCUAUCUAGAGAGCAAAAGAUUUGUGCACAGGGAUAUUGCUGCUCGAAAUGUUCUGGUGUCCUCCAAUGACUGUGUAAAACUAGGAGACUUUGGACUGUCCCGAUACAUGGAAGACAGCACUUACUACAAAGCUUCCAAAGGAAAGUUGCCUAUUAAGUGGAUGGCUCCAGAGUCAAUCAAUUUUCGACGUUUUACCUCAGCUAGUGACGUGUGGAUGUUUGGUGUGUGUAUGUGGGAGAUACUCAUGCACGGCGUGAAGCCCUUUCAAGGAGUGAAGAACAAUGAUGUGAUCGGCCGAAUUGAGAACGGGGAGAGGCUGCCCAUGCCUCCAAAUUGCCCUCCCACCCUCUACAGCCUUAUGACGAAAUGCUGGGCCUACGACCCCAGCAGGCGGCCCCGGUUCACAGAGCUCAAAGCUCAGCUCAGCACAAUCCUGGAGGAGGAGAAGGCUCAGCAGGAAGAGCGGAUGAGGAUGGAGUCCAGAAGACAGGUCCCUGUGUCCUGGGACUCCGGAGGGGCCGACGAAGCUCCGCCCAAGCCCAGCAGACCUGGCUAUCCCAGCCCAAGGUCCAGUGAAGGAUUUUACCCCAGCCCUCAGCACAUGGUGCAGGCCAAUCACUACCAGGUCUCCGGCUACCCCGGCUCCCAUGGCGUCACAGCCAUGGCCGGCAGCGUCUACCCUGGGCAGGCGUCUCUCUUGGACCAGACAGAUACAUGGAACCACAGGCCACAGGAGGUCGCCAUGUGGCAGCCUGGCGUGGAGGAUGCAGCGGCCCUGGACCUGCGUGGAGUUGGGCAGGCACUGCCCUCCCACCUGAUGGAAGAGCGGCUGAUCCGACAGCAGCAGGAGAUGGAAGAAGACCAGCGCUGGCUGGAGAAGGAGGAGCGCUUCCUGACCGGGAACCAGCACAUCUACCAGCCUGUGGGCAAACCAGACCCUGCAGCUCCACCGAAGAAGCCGCCGCGCCCCGGAGCCCCUGGCCACCUGGGCAGCCUGGCCAGUCUCGGCAGUCCCGGGGACAGCUACAACGAGGGCGUCAAGCUGCAGCCCCAGGAGAUCAGCCCCCCGCCCACCGCCAACCUGGACCGCUCCAACGACAGGGUGUACGAGAAUGUCACGGGCCUGGUGAAGGCCGUCAUUGAGAUGUCCAGUAAGAUCCAGCCGGCGCCGCCAGAGGAGUACGUGCCCAUGGUGAAGGAAGUCGGCUUGGCCCUGAGGACGCUACUGGCCACUGUGGAUGAGACCGUCCCUGCCCUGCCAGCCAGCACUCACCGAGAGAUUGAGAUGGCCCAGAAGCUGCUCAACUCCGACUUGGGCGAGCUCAUCAACAAGAUGAAACUGGCCCAGCAGUACGUGAUGACCAGCCUGCAGCAGGAGUACAAGAAGCAGAUGCUGACUGCCGCCCACGCCCUGGCCGUGGACGCCAAAAACUUACUCGACGUCAUUGACCAAGCAAGACUGAAAAUGCUUGGGCAGACGAGGCCGCACUGAGCCUGCGCGUGCCCUCGGCCGAGGGUGCUCUCCAGUGUCCACCAGCAGCGGGGGCCGCUGUCCUGGCCCAGCACCUCGAGCGCCACCUCCGACGGUGGCCGCUGAAACUCCGCUCUCCUAAGUGCAACCACGUUCUGAUUUGGGUUCGUUUUUUGUUUCGAUUUUUGUCUAAUCAUGAUGUCCAGAAGAGUCCGGGAUCCAGAGUGGCGCUUUCUGAGACUGGGAGUUGUGGCGCCGAGCCAGGCUCACGGGACCAUGUGCACGGGCCGGGUCCUGCCCACGCAGCUGGCGUGUCGAGGAAGAGCAGGCGCCAUGGAGGCCCGAGACCAGGGCGGAGGCCUCUGCCCCGCCGGGUGGGAGCCGCGCCCGCCCCUGCAGCUGCAGCUCGCAGAUGCCACUUUGCAGAGAAUGUAGAAGUUCUCCGUUGGAGACGGGGGUCGUGUCCGAAAAGCGCUGCAGCCCUUGCGGCUCUCCUGCUGCAGCGGGUGAGGCUCCUGCAGCUGCUGUAGCUCACACUAAACUUGGUCUUUUCACCGGAAUAAUGUGCCAGUUUUUGUAGCAACAUUGUUUCUCUUGGAAGCAGAAAUGCUUUGUACCAGAGCAACUCCGGCUGCACUGAGGAGAAGCUCCCAGACCACCGUUUCCGUUUUUAUAUAAUUUAUAAAGAAGAUUAAAGCCAUGCUGACUUCCAGCCUCGGAGCUAACUGCCCUUCGCCGCGUCUCUCUUCCCGGGGAAGGGCCAGCAGAGCGGGCCUGGUUUUCUUCCGAUGUCCAGUUACACCAUCCAUUCUGUUCAAUAAUUCUGAAAACUCUACCCUCCCUUUAGUUUGUUGGGGGAUAUAAAUUAUUCUCAGGAAGAAUAUAAUGACCUGUACAGCUACUUUGACCUAUUAAAAAGGUGUUACAGUGACUGCCGUGUGCCAGCCUUUC